CAAUGGCUUUAUUGGGCCCUGUGACUCACGGUCAGGUUUCUUUUCUCAUCGGACUUGUACUCAUUCUCUUUGCAUGGAUUUAUUCAGAGUACUUGGUGUUUAGAAAGAGGUCUAUCUCUUCCAAACUAAGGCACUCUGAUGUUGGCUUAGCCGAGGUAGAAAGUCAUACUUCAAAGGAAGAUGAUAAAGCAGUUUUAUUAGAAGGAGGAGCUAUCAAGUCUAUUUCCUCCGGAACUCGAAUUCCACCUACCGUCUCUACUAUUCUCAGAUUCAUUGUGCUGGAAGAGUCAUUCUUGAUAGAAAAUCGAAUGUUACUCAGAGCAGCAUCUGAAUUUGGUCUUUUUUUGACGUACUUCUACAUUUGUGACCGUACUGAUAUAUUCGGAACGUCAAAGAAGAGUUACAGUCGAGAUCUUUUCUUCUUCCUCUACUUCCUUCUCAUCAUAGUUUCAGCAAUGGCAACGUUCAAGAUACAUCACGAUAAAUCGCCAUUUUCAGUGAAACCCAUACUCUACUUGAAUAGGCAUCAAACUGAGGAGUGGAAAGGAUGGAUGCAGGUGUUGUUUUUGAUGUACCAUUACUUUGCUGCAAGAGAAAUUUACAAUGUGGGUCGUGUAUGUGUUGCCGCAUAUGUGUGGAUGACUGGAUUCGGGAAUUUUUCAUAUUACUAUGUCCGGAAAGACUUUAGCCUUUCGAGAUUUGCUCAGAUGAUGUGGCGGCUUAAUUUCUUGGUGUUAAUGUGUUGCAUUGUCCUUGACAAUAGUUACAUGUUGUACUACAUCUGCCCCAUGCACACAUUUUUUUCUCUUACGGUAUACGGUGUUGUUGGUAUUCUAAACAAGUACAAUGAGAUUGGAACCGUCAUUGCUGUGAAAUUUUUGGCUUGCUUCUUGGUCGUAAUCCUAGUAUGGGAAAUACCCGGAGUUUUUGAAGUGCUUUGGGAACCAUUUACCUUCAUUAUAGGUUAUAAAGAUCCAAAUCGUUUAAAGGAACAUUUACCUCUUCUACAUGAGUGGCACUUCCGCUCAGGACUUGAUCGCUAUAUUUGGAUAUUAGGAAUGGUGUAUGCUUACUAUUAUCCAACUGUUGAGAAGUGGAUUGAAAAGUUAGACGAAGCAAAACUGAAGCGCAGAAUAUUGAUCAAAACGACAAUUGUUGUGACAGCCUCAACGGCCGCAUAUCUAUGGUUUGAGUACAUAUUCAAAUUGGAUAGUAUUACUUACAACAAAUACCAUCCUUACACUUCCUGGAUCCCCAUCACGGCCUACAUAUGUGUACGAAAUGUCACUCAGAGUACCCGUAGCUAUAGUUUGACCCUUUUUGGUUGGAUUGGAAAGAUUUCGUUGGACACGUACAUCUCACAGUUCCACAUUUGGUUAAGAUCAAAUGCUCCAGAUGCCCAGCCGAAGUUUUUGCUUACUAUCAUCCCAGAUUAUCCUUUAUUGAACUUCAUGCUUACAACUGCCAUACUUAUGGCUACUUCUUACAGGCUCUCUGAACUGACAAAUACAUUGAAAAUGGCUUUUGUACCUAACAAGGACAAUAAGCGCAUUAUGUAUAACAUGAUUACCGCAGCUGCAAUCUCGGGCAUCUUAUACUCCUUGUCGUUUGUAUUCCUUAGGGUUCCACCGACUUUGGUUUGAGAAUUGAAGAAAAGAGGGAUUGUACAGAAGGAGACUGAUGCGUUACAAUUUUCUGUGGAAGACACGGGGGCGCAUUCGAUCCCAAAAGAGAGUAUACUGAAUGAAGCACAAAAUAUAUCAUAUAGGUUCAUCCACUGUGUUCUUGGUGGGUUAUUAAAUGAAAUAAAGUAAUGUUGCCGCCAUUUCAGGGCGUAUUUAUCGAUAGUUUCAGGCGAGGAUCUUGUAUUACAUUGAAUUUAUUUGGUUCUCAACCAAAUUAGUCACUUUUUAAUAACAAUCGACCUUUUGAAGCU